CAACACGAAAUACAAUGGAUGCCCAUGCAAAUAAAAUUAUACAGUGUUUUGCUUUCCACACUAUUUUGAAAAGUCAGCAAAAAAAUCAGCAAAACAUUGGUCUCGUACGGCGGAGAAAAAAGAGGAGAGCCCUUGUUGCAGCCUGGGCGAAUUUAGCGAUGAUCGCUGCAACAUCGGUUCAAAGGGAGGUUUGGAUGCGGCAAAGGACUCAAGACUGGUGGGAUCGCGUUGUUGGAACCUGGGGUCAAGAACUGUGGGUCAGCAACUUUCGUAUGCGACGAGAAACUUUUGAAAUGUUGUGUGUGCGGUUGUCACCAAUGCUCUCUUACGAGGAUACGACAUUUCACCAGGCAAUCUCAGUGCAGAAGCGCGUUGGAGUUGGACUAUGGUGGCUCGCGACAGGAGCUGGUUAUCGAACACUGGCACAUCUGUUUGGCAUAAGUGACGCAUCAGUAUGCCUAAUAGUCCGGGAGUUUUGCCAUGCCGUACGAAAUGAGAUGAUGCGCGAGUACAUCAAGCUGCCAGAAGGUGAGGAGCUCCAAACCGUACUUCUAGGAUUUAAAAAUCGAUGGGGUUUCCCUCAGUGUGCCGGGGCUAUAGACGGGAGUCAUAUCCCAGUCAUCGCUUCACCUGAGAACCAUGCAGAUUAUUUUAAUCGCAAGGGAUGGCAUUCUGUGAUCUUGCAAGCAGUUGUGGACCACAAAUACUGUUUCACAAACAUCAACAUCGGAUGGCCAGGAAGUGUUCACGACUCCAGGGUUCUUCGUAAUUCUGUUAUCUACGAGAAGGCAGAAAGAGGAGUCCUCUUUCCAAACACCACUGAGGAGAUCCAGGGCACACAAGUGCCCAUCAUGCUGUUGGGGGAUCCAGCCUACCCACUUCGGUCCUGGCUAAUGAAGGGGUACCCGGAAACUGGGAAUCUGACCGACCACCAGCGUCAUUUUAACAAGAGACUAAGCAGGGCUAGAAUGACGGUGGAGUGUGCAUUUGUAAGAUUAAAAGGUCGGUGGAGGUGCCUGUCAAAACGUCUUGAUGUGAACAUAUCACUGGUCCCCACAGUUAUCUCCACAUGCUGCACUCUGCAUAACAUCUGUGAAAAACACAAUGAGGCCUACAGUGAAGAUCCUAGUGCAGCUGGACCUCCUGAUGUACCACCAGGUGAUGUUGACCCGUCAAAAACUAGAAAAAACUACAAGAUGACUUGA